AUGUUAAAGGCCAAGCCGGUACUUUUGUCACUUUUGCCAGUGAUAUCGCUCGUGCUCCUCGUACUCGUGCCGUUCCAGUCCCUCAAGGCCACCCCGCAGCCUGCCGGUCUGCUGGCCUCCACAGAGCACAAACUGCUGAAGCACCACCCGUUUUCCGACGGGCCUGCGGAGCGGACUAUCUGGCAGUUCUGGGAGCGUGGCGAGCUUGUUCCCGAAAACCUGAAACCGUUUGUCAACCGCUGGCGAGAUAUCAACGCCCCAGAGUAUGUCCACCGAUUUCUGGGCACGCUUGCUGUGCGGAAACGGGUGGAUGUGUGCUACGAAAACGAGCCAGAGGUGCUUCGGGCGCUGGACCUGCUGCCGCACGAGAAGAUCCAGCACGAGUUCCUCAAAUACCUCCUAAUCUACUGCGAGGGCGGGCUCUUCGCAGACAUCGACACAGACAUCUUCAAGCCCAUUCGACACUGGUAUGAACCCCGGGUGCUCGACACCCAGCUGCUGGUCGGUGUGCAGACAGACCACAACGCCGACAACUGGGCCGAGCUCUACAACAGACGAUUGACGUUUGGGACGCACAUUUUCAUGGCGAAAAAACACCAUCCGUUCCUGGCCAAGUUGAUCGGCCGCAUCGUCGACUACGUGCACAAAAACAAGGCAAAGAUCCAGGCCGCCAACUGGGAGGAUCGGAUAUCUGCGCUGGACGCCGCGUCUGAGCCCGUCGCCUCGUUUACCGGACCUUCCAUGUUCACAGAUGUUCUGUUUGAGUAUUUCAAUUCGCAGGACUGGAAGCUCGUGUCCUCUGUGUUCAAGGAGGAACAGGCGUACCUGUUCCCAAACGAGGGCUCUGCUACGCGAAAGGACAGCACCGGCCGCACUGAAAAGCACGAGAUGCCGCUCUACGGGCCCAAGGUGCCGAAGAAGACGAAAAUCUCCUACAAAACCUUCUCCAUGGCUGUGGGCCCGGUGCAAAUCAACUCCACCGUUGUCCUGCCCCCGAUCUCGUUCAACGGCCUGCUGGACCUCAACGACGCUACCGGCGGUCUCCAGUACGACAACGACAACUCCAUCUCUAGGGGCUAUGCCUCCCUGUACUAUGCGAGAAAGCUAAACGAAAUAUAA